AUGAGCCGAUUUACUUUUUUUCCUUUUGUAGGCAGUCUUUUACAUUUUGAGGCUGACGGCGAUACGCAAAAAAGAUUUCUAACCUCUCUUGAGGCUCCCGAGAGAAUAAGCGAAAAAAGAAAACAACGUGAGAAAAGAUCUGCAGACGACGACAGUCGUAAACUAAAAUCGGAAGCAGCCAUAUUCAUCUUUUACUCUCUCUUUGACACAGAGAGAAGAAAGUUUUUUUUUUUUUUUUUUGAUCUACCUGAUUAUUAUUUACAAGUAAACCUAAAAAUUCAAAAUGGAAGUACACGAUGGACAACACACAGUCAUCAAGAUGAUGAUGCCGAUCCAAUCCUCAGCAGUUUUUCUCAGCUGAAAGAUGUCUUAAAUACUGUGGCAGAUUUAGAAGAUUUGGAGCCAAACACAUUUUUGAGUCCCUUUCUUGGAGUGAUUCGCUCUGAAGAUACUACUGGCCCAAUCACAGGGUUGGCUCUAACAUCUGUCAACAAAUUCAUAUCCUAUGGAUUGAUCGAUCCCCUGAGUAAAACUGCAGCUCCAGCUAUUGAGAACAUUGCUGAUGCCGUGACACAUGCCCGCUUUGUAGGCACUGACCCAAGCUCAGAUGAAGUUGUUCUCAUGAAAAUAUUGCAUGUUUUGCGGACAUUACUGCUCUCCCCUGCUGGAGUCUUAUUGACAAAUGAAUCAGUCUGUGAAAUUAUGCAGUCUUGUUUCCGCAUUUGUUUUGAGAUGAGACUAAGUGAAUUGCUGCGUAAGUCUGCUGAACACACUUUGAUGGAUAUGGUGCAGCUUUUGUUUACACGCUUACCUCAGUUCAAAGAGGACCCCAAGUGGAAUGCCAACAUGAAAAAGUUGAAAAUGAGAGCUGGUGGUGUUGAGCCCUCUCGUAUGGGCAAGAAGAAACGUUCCCCAAAACGAACAGUUGUCCCAAUGGGAGCAGCAUCAGUUGCUGCUGCUGGUACAGAAGCACCAGUUGUAUUAACAGCUUCUGCAGCGGGAGCUGCCAGCAAUGAAGUAGAAGAGUCAAGUGAAAAUAAAGAAAUGGCAAUGAGCAGUGGUGGUGAACCUUCAGAAUCAGCUCUGUUGUCUACUGAUGUCAGUUGUGAAACCAUGGCGGAGGAGAUAAUAGCUACAACUCCUGCAGCUUUGCCUCAGGAAAAAACUGUCAUUGAUAUUAAUAAUAGCUUCCAGGAAGCUUCAGACAAAGAAAAUUCUGAUGUGCGGUUACCUGGAGAUGGUGGAUGUGAUGAAAUAAGUUUAGAUGCUGAGGAAAGUCGAGCUGACAAAGAAUCUGAUAAAGAUGAUCUAAAAGAACUGGACGCAGAAAUAUCUGAUUCCAUUUCAUCAAGUCAAGAACGAAUAAAUGUUACUAGGCCCAACAGCUUACAGAAAGCCUCAAGUGAAAAUGAAUUAAAUUCAGAACUGAGUUGUCCUUCAGAAGGUGGAGAUGAUGCUGAUUCUGUGCAGUCUGUCAAUGAGCCUAUAUCCUCCCCAGGGCCUGCUUUGUCUCCAAAUUCACCUGAUAACAGUGAUUUUGUCAAUCCACGUGGAAUCCGAUUUAUGCCUCAGCAGCACAUCAAAGAAGGUACUAAUCCAUUAAUACCUUAUGGUCUACCAUGUGUCCGUGAACUGUUUCGGUUUUUAGUGUCCCUUAUCAAUCCGUUAGAUCGUCACAAUACAGAUGUUAUGAUUCAUAUGGGACUCAGCCUUUUGACAGUGGCACUAGAAUCAGGUGCUGAUUCUAUUCGCACAUUCAAAUCACUCCUUUACCUUGUUAAAGAUGAAAUGUGCCGCAACCUCUUCACUUUGUUGCAGUCUGAACGAUUGUCUUUGUUCACAGCCACCAUUAGAACUUGUUUUUUGCUCUUUGAGUCCAUGCGCAGUCAUCUAAAAUUUCAGCUUGAGAUGUAUUUGACCAAAUUAAGUGACAUUAUUGUGUCAGAAGCUCCAAGAAUUUCUUAUGAGAUGCGGGAAAUUGCUCUAGAAGCUGUGGUACACUUGUGGCGUAUUCCUGGAUUGGUUACAGAACUUUUUCUUAAUUAUGACUGUGAUCUCUAUUGUUCAAAUCUAUUUGAAGACCUGACAAAACUUUUAUCAAAGAAUGCAUUUCCUGUUUCUGGACUGUUUACCACUCAUCUCCUUUCCCUAGAUGCUCUUUUGACUGUAGUGGACACCAUUGAGCAGCAUUGUCACAGUCGUAUCUUGUCAUCUACCAAAGCAGCAGCUGCUGCAGCUGCUGCUGCUGCUGCUGCUACCACCACCAUCAAUGGUGAUGUUUCUGAUUCCACACAACAGCAAAAGAUUUCAACUGAUACAGCCAAAUGUGAUACAACCUCUGAUACAGAGACACCUACUCCAAUACCAGAUACAAUCAGUUUGCCCAUUGUAGUUGAUCAUCCCCCGACUUCUGGCUAUGAUGUCGGGCAAAGGAUGCUGCAGUCAAAAGAUAUUCCGACUGAUCCAACAUGGCCUCGCAAAUCAAGCAGAGAGACACGCAAAGGGCCACAAAUUCGGCCCAACAGGAUGAAGAUCACAGAAAAGGUUCCCACUGCAGAGGAAUUGGCCAUACUGAAACAUAAAAAGAAAAUGUAUCAGAGUGGAACAGAACAGUUUAAUGUGAAACCUUCUAAAGGAAUCCAGUUCCUCCAAGAGCAAGGUCUACUUAGCACCCCUGUUGACCCAGGAGAAGUGGUCACUUUCUUGAAAGAAAAUCCUAAAUUAGAAAAACGACAAAUUGGAGAAUAUAUCAGCAACAAGAAAAAUUCAAAAAUAUUUGAAACCUUUGUAAAGUCCUUUAAUUUCAAUGAUACUCGCCUUGAUGAGGCUUUGCGACUUUAUUUGGAAACAUUCCGCUUGCCCGGAGAAGCUCCUGUCAUUUCAUACAUUAUUGAGAUGUUUGCUGAACACUGGCAUAAAACCAAUGGUGAGCCAUUUAUUAAUGCUGAUGCUGCCUUUACCUUGGCCUAUGCUGUAAUUAUGCUAAAUGUAGAUCAACACAACUACAAUGUUAAAAAGCAAAAUACACCCAUGACGGUUGAUGAAUUUAAGAAAAAUGUUUCCAAAACAAAUGGUGGUAAAGAUUUUGAUGAGGACAUGUUAGAAGAUGUCUACAAUGCUAUCAGAAAUGAUGAAAUUGUUAUGCCAGCUGAACAUACAGGAUUAGUUAAAGAAAACUACAUGUGGAAGGUUUUAUUAAAAAGAGGUAGUGGUAAAGAAGGAAAUUUUAUUCAUGCUCCAACUGGUUCAUUUGAUCAUGAUUUGUUCACACUUGCCUGGGGACCAACUGUAGCUGCGUUAUCAUUUGUCUUUGAUAAAAGCUCUGAUGAUGGAAUCAUCCAGAAGGCAAUCUCCGGUUUCAGGAAAUGUGCAAUGAUCUCUGCUCACUAUGGGAUGAGUGAUGUAUUUGAUAACCUUGUUAUCUCUUUAUGUAAAUUCACUACAUUGCUCAGUUCUGCAGAUGCUCCUGAAAACAUCCCAGUUUCCUUUGGUAGCAAUCCCAAAGCUCAGCUUGCUGCUCGUACUGUAUUUGGAUUGGCUCAUAGGCAUGGUGAUAUUUUAAGAGAAGGUUGGAAAAACAUCCUUGACUGUCUCUUACAGCUUUACAGAGCCAAGCUUGUUCCAAAAAGUUUGAUUGAAGUGGAAGACUUUGCAGAUGCAAUGGGCAAGAUUUCUAUUAUGAAGGAGGAGACAACCUCCACUAGCAGGUCUGAAACUGGAAUGUUGAGUUCCCUCUACGGCUUUUUUGCACUGUCAGAUAAUGCCAAUGCCAAAGGCCCAACGCCUGAGGAACAAGAAGCCACAAAGCAGGCUCACAAUUGCACUCGUGACUGCCAUCUUGAACAGUUGAUUAUGGACAGCAAAUUCCUUAGGGAAGAGGCCUUACAUGAAUUGGUGAAAACAUUAAUUGUUGGGUCACAGACUCCAGAUACAGAUGAAGCUCUAUGCAUGCAAGGGGAUGAAGACUCUGCUGUUUUUUUCCUUGAAUUACUCAUUAAAGUUGUUUUACAAAACAGAGACCGUGUGACAAUUGUAUGGCAAGCUGUUAGGGAUCAUUUAUACAAUUUGAUUGUCAAUACAACUGAACAUACAUUCCUUGUAGAAAGAGCUGUGGUUGGCCUUUUGCGUAUUGCCAUUCGCUUACUCAGGAGAGAAGAAAUUGCUUCACAGGUGCUGACCUCCCUCCGUAUCCUACUAAUGAUGAAGCCAGCCGUGAUCCAUGCCAUCUGUCAACAAGUUGCCUAUGGUCUGCAUGACCUGCUUCGUACAAAUGCUGCCAAUAUCCACUCCACCCAAGACUGGUAUACCCUCUUCACCCUCCUUGAGGUUGUUGGGGCUGGGGCUAAGCCUCCAACCUUCCUACAGAUCUGUACUGGGAAUGAAGCCAUUGAGUCAACAAUGGAUUCUGGUGCUCAAAGUGAUAGUGAAAUUCAGACUGUGAACAUUCCAUCUGAAUCUGGCGAGAGAGGUUAUACAUCAGAUAGUGAACUGUAUGACACCCAGUCCAAGCAUCAUCGCAUUUGCCAUACAGAAUUGGAAGUGAAGCCUGUACCCGACAAUGGCAGCUGGCUCAUGGUGGAUAAGGAAGUAGUGAGCAGUGGGUCCUCUGUAUCUCCUCCACCUUCUCAACGUUCCCCACGUAACCAGUACUCCAUUGAUCUCAAUGAGGAAAUUUACUACUGUGAUUCAAAAGCUCUGCUCAGAUCUUCAGAAACGCUGGCCUUUCUUGUCCGUGAUGCUGUACAUGUGACACCACACAAUUUUGAGAGCUGUAUUCAUGCCAUCAGAGCAUUUGUGGAAGCCAGCAUCAACGGAGGACAACCAAAGAAUCACCCUAAAGCUCCAAUUAGCAGAGAGAAAAAAUAUCACCAUAAAUCAAAUCGUACUAAAAAGGAGAGUCUUCGUGCCAAAAGAAGUCAAUCGAGUCAGAGUCAGUUGAAUCAGUCACAACUUUCUGAUGAAGAAAAUGAGAAUGAAUCUUUAGCUGCUGGUCUCCAUUCUCUUUCUAUUCAGCUAUUGGAUUUGAUGCAUACGUUGCACACACGAGCAGCCUCAAUCUUCAGUUAUUGGGCAGAAGAGGGCAACACAAGUGGUGAAAACAGUGAUGGUACCAUUGAUGCUGGCACCAGCACUCUGUGGGCAAAAUGUUGGUGUCCUUUAUUACAAGGCAUUGCUCGUUUAUGUUGUGAUUCUCGUCGGCAAGUGCGAAGUCAAGCUCUAACCUACCUGCAGAGGGCUCUCCUCGUGCAUGACCUGCAGACUCUCUCUGCAACAGAAUGGGAAGCUUGUUUCAAUAAGGUUUUGUUCCCACUGUUGACCAAAUUGUUAAGUAAUAUCAACAAUCAAGAUCCUUCAGGGAUGGAAGAGACACGAGUCAGAGCAUCAACAUUGUUGUGUAAAGUCUUCCUUCAGCACCUAACUCCUCUACUCUCUUUGAGUACAUUUACAGCCCUUUGGCUCACUAUCUUGGACUUUAUGGACAAAUAUAUGCACAAAGAAGGCAGUGAUCUCUUGUCUGAAGCUAUACCAGAAUCCUUGAAAAACAUGUUGUUGGUCAUGGACACAGCAGGAAUCUUUCAACCAGACACCACUGACUCCCAAUUGUGGAAACUUACUUGGGAUCGUAUUGAUACCUUUUUACCUCAUCUGCGAGAAGAAUUGUUUAAGCCUCAAGAACCAGUUUGUGUUCCAGAUUCUUCAAGAAAAGUUGAACUUAGCAGUGGUAUCAGCUUGGAAAAAGUUGUAGUUAUUCCUAAUGAUGAAAUACAACCAGUGCAGACUGCAAUGCCACCUUCACCAGAUUCUCCAAGUUCUCAAACUUCUGAUAGUGGCAUUGGUAAAUCCCCCAGACCAAGUAGCCCUUUGGUCAGUGAAACCAGCUCACCAGUGACUUCAACUUAUAUUCUCCAUCCUCCAUUACCCAGUGUGACUGCUCGCAAUAGUUCAACUACAGACACAAUGACAGUGAGUUGCGGUACUACAUCACCUACUGCCACGGCUAGUACAGUACCUUUGUUACUCAAUCCUGACAUUAUGCAGGGUACCACUAUACCAUUUAUCUCUCCACAGAUGAAGAGACAAGCAAAUUAUACGAGUGAAACCCAGUCUGCAAUGGAUAUUCACUAA